AUGGCAAAUGGGGAAUGCAGAAAUAAAACAGUCAUCACAACAUUUCUGCUUAUGGAAUUUGGGAAUAUCCUAGAAAUGCAGUUUUUUCUCUUCCUCCUGUUCUUGGUGAACUAUGUUGUGACUGUGAUUGGUAACACCCUAAUUUUUGUCUUGGUGGCAACUGAUCAGCACCUCCACAAACCCAUGUACUUCUUCCUGUGCAACUCGUCCUGCCUGGAGACCUGCUACAACUCCACCAUCCUGCCCAGGAUGUUGUUCAGCUUUCUGACUGGGGACAAGAGCAUUUCUAUUGGUAGCUGCAUCACACAAUUUUAUUUCUUUGGUUCCCUAGCAGUCACUGAAAGUUUUCUCUUACUGGUGAUGUCCUAUGAUUGGUAUUUAGCAGUAUGCAAACCCUUUCACUACAGAGUUGUCAUGAAUAGCACAUACUGUCUUCAGCUAGUAGCUUGUUAUUGGAAAGGUUUCCUUGUUAUGGCCAUCAGCUGCUUCCUGAUUUCACAACAUUCCUCCUGUGGUCCCAAGUUUAUAGAUCAUUUCUUUUAUGAUUUCACUCCAGUGAUAAAACUAUCCUGCUGUGACACUAGCCUGACUGAAAUGUUGGUGUUUAUUCUUUCAUCGGUAUGCUCACUACCCCCUUUCCUACUAACCCUGGUGUCCUACAUGUGUAUCAUCACCACUGUACUGAGAAUGUCUUCCAAUACUACGAUGCAAAAGCCUUUUUCCACCUGCUUUUCCUAUCUCUUUGUUAUUACAUUUUUUUAUGGAAGCUUAAUAAUUGUUUAUAUCCUGCCUAAAACUAGGACUCUAAGAGCACUGAAUAGAAUCUUCUCAGUUUUCUACACUGUUGUGACUUCAUUGCUCAACCCUGUCAUCUACAGUCUGAGAAAUAGAGAGGUGAAGGAUGCUCUGAGUAAAUUGGUCAAGAAAUGUGAAUAUUUCCUAAAGGUUAGAAAGUUGUAA